AUGCGAGAGAAGAAGCUCACCACUGUGCCCCCUUGCAUAAGAGAAAAUGAGUUUGAAGAAUAUUUAGCAACCGACGAUAUACUUGUAGACUUCUUUAAUGAAUUCUUGAGUCUUCCAAUUUUCACACAACCAAUUAAAUUUAAUCCUGAUUUUGGACUUUUUGAAUUUACUACGGACAUCCCACAAUGUAUGGAAAAUCAACUGAAAAAGAUGCUGUACGAACAGAAACCUCGGAAUCCCGUUUAUGAUGUUAUACGGCUGGCAAAACCAGAAAGUCCCAUUUCUAAAGAACUCAGCCCCACUCCUCUUCCUGCAUUCUUAAGUUUUGACCCUACUUAUGCAGUAACAUGUCUGGACCGAGAACAGGCCAUUGAGUGGAUUAAAAAGGAAAGAUUGCCAGCAUUUUUAGAGAGCGAUUGUUACUUUGAAUACAGGUUAGCUAAACUAAUAUCACAGGUGGAGUGGAGCAAAACUGGCAUGAAUUUUAUGAUAGAUAAAGCAUAUUAUCCUUGGUUCAGUAAAAGCCCACCACCUCCAGAGAUCCGUGAAGAAAAUGAAGAUGACUUGAUUAUGAAGAAGUUCUAUGUCUCUCUUGGCCAGGCUACUGUUACCCAGACAAAGGAUUGGUUUACUCUAGCCAAGCAAAGUGAACACACGAUUACUACAAAUGCUAUUACUUGUCCUCUGACAUCUUCCCAUGUUCGCUUUUCUGAUGAUUCUUCAAAGUCAUCUUCUUCAUAUCUAGAUUUCAGGUCUCAAGAAGAGAUGCAUAAUAUUUCUUCUACCAUUCUGAAUGCCAUUGUUUACAAUGCUCAUUUAGAAGCAGAUUCUGGGAUUAAGAAGAAACACAGCCAGACUGGUUUUCCACUUCUUCAGAAGGCAGCAGCCAGAAGAAGCAUAAAUGAGGGCUAUUCUGUGUCACUUCCUGAUACUCCUUCACGCACCAUGCUAAGAGCCUAUUUAGGUCCAAACUGGGAUGCUGUUCCUCAGGAGGAAGCAAGUGAGCAACAUCAGGAAUCUGCAUCUUUUCAGACAGUUGAUGAAUUUUCAUUAGCCUUUGCUCAGUAUAUACUAAGAAACUCUGUUGCAGUUCUCACUGGGCAACUGCCUGAAGCCAGUCCAACUGAUGUCAACUUCAGUAGGGUGUCAAGAGUGUUUAUAUUUGAGAUAGCUGACAGUCAACCUUUCAUGGAGGCCCUCCAACAAAACUUUCCACUCCUUGGAGAUGAUACAGUGGACAAGAAGAGUGAGAUCAGUACAAAGUCUGAAAAAGAUUAUACUGAAAGCAGGGCUUCCUGGUGUGUUAGCCACAAGACCUAUGACAUUGGUAACAGGCAUGAAUUUGAAAGGUUCAAGAAAUUCAUCCGAGGAACUUUGGGUGAAAGAUACUGGUGGCUCUGGAUAGAUAUUGAAAGACUGAAGGUCUUGAAGGAUCCUAAAAGGCAGAAAAGACAGCUUGACAAAAUGAAGAAAAUCUACCUAAUGAGCAAUGGAGAUUUUUUUCUUACCUUAGAAGUUUUGCAGAAAUUACAUCUGAUGGAUGGAGACCAGUGGAACAUGGAAAACUUAAGACACAUUCAGCCUGAAGUAGUGAAACCUUUGCUUCUCUACUGGGGUCCCAGAUUUUGUGUUACUCAUACAGCUGCCAUACAGACUACAAGUACCAACCUGAAAAUCUGGCAUUCUCGGCAACAGAAGCCACGCAUGGAUGUGGAUCCUUUCCCACAGAUGGUGUCAUUGCUACCACUGAGAGCUAAAUCUUGCAUGCCAAAAAUAGCACAUCCUGCUUCUCAGGGAGCUGAGAUUGGAUUGCCACCCUCUCUGUCAAAAGGAGCUGUGGUCCCUAUACAUUCCCAGAGAUCUCCCAGGCUAUUAUCAGCAGUCAUGCCACGAAGUCAAAGUGCUGUACAGGGAGAACCUGAUGUUUUAAUUAGUUUAGGAGAUAUUAGCAGCAACCGAAAUGGUAAAAUGUCCCCAGAUGUUUCUGAACUGGGCAGUUCCAAGAUGGAAAGAAUGCUGCAGUCCCUUAACACAGAGAACAGAGCAGGGUACAUCUUUACUCAGUUCUGUGAGAUGUCGGGAAAUGAGUUGUGGAAGAACAGCACGCACUUCUGGCUUGACCUGCAGGAUUAUCAUCAACUUUUUUAUCAAGAAACCCUCCAUCCUUUCAAACUAUGCAAGCAAGCUCAAUUCCUUUAUGCCAAUUACAUCGCUCCUUCUGCUGCUAUGAAUAUUGGAUUACAGCAAAGUGCAAAAAAUGAGAUUUACAACAAAAUUGACCCACCGUUUGAAGAUCUUUUUGACCCAGCAGAAGAGUACAUCCUCACCCUUCUCUUGGUUCCAUGGAUGAAGAUGAUAGAACAAGACAGAGAUACUUUAGGAAAGGUGGGGCUGGUGGAAGAAACUCGACAGCUGGACUCAGUGUACUUUAGAAAGUUGCAGGCAAUGCAUGAAGAGAGAAUUUCCAAGAAGAGUGAGGAUUUGGCGGUUGAGAAAGACAAGGUCCCACGGUAUCCUGAUUUGAUAGAACGCCCAAGUCAAGACCUCUCCAAAGAAGCUGUGUCAUACAGCAUUACAGACUUGUUAAAUGACAGACUCAAUUUGGAACAGUUCCGAUUGUUUCUUGAACGGCAGUCCGCAAGCACAGACCUCAUGUGCUGGAUGGACAUUGAACAGUUCAGGAGAAUGCUCCACAAAAAUAAAGACCAAAGACAAGAAAAAUCUAAGGACAUUAAGAAUAAAUAUCUAAAUAAGAAAUACUUCUUUGGACCUGAUAGCCCAGCUACCAAAGAGGAGCAAGAGCAGAUAAUGAAACUGGGUGGAGGUUGGGGACAGUUACUUCAUGAACAAGUUCUUCCUGUGAUCUUGCUGGAGAUUCAAAAAUAUAUCCAGAUGAGACUGGAGAAAAAAUGGCUGCCACUAUUUUUUGCAAGUGAAGAACCAGGACCACUGAAAAAACCAAAGCCACACCUACAAGAUGCAGCAGAAGAUAUUUUAAUUCAGAGGCAUGAGAAGAAAACAGAACCAUGGAAGCAUGUGGACAAUAAGUGGGUUUCUUCAUCUAAGGAAAUAAUUACUUUCCGUAAAGCUCUGUUGAAUCCCAUCACAGCCUUACAGUUCCAACGCUUUGUGUCACUGAAAGGAGAUUUACUGGGGAACGGAGUGAUCUUCUGGCAGGAGGUGCAGAAAUAUAAGGAUAUGUGCCAUUCCCAUUGUGAGGAUGCUAUUAUCCAGAAUAAGAUUACAAUGAUCAUCAACUGCUUCAUUAAUUCUGCCAUUCCACCAGCAAUUCAGAUCGACAUACCUGAGGAGCAAGCCCAGAAGAUUAUUGAGCACAGGAGAGAAUUAGGCCCUUACGUGUUUAGAGAGGCACAGAUGACUGUUUUUGCUCUUCUGUUCAAAUUUUGGCCAAAAUUUUGUGAGUUCCGAGGCAAUUUGGCUGAUGAGAAGAUUAUGCCUCUUCUGGAAAAGCGAAAAGAAAGACGGCUACUGAAACUGAAAAGAGCAAGAGAAGCAGAAGAAAAGGCACAGAGGAAGACACCGUUAACAUCUGCUUUGAAGCCUGCUUUGGGUGCUGAGUCUAGAGUGAAUAAAGGUGAACUUUCAUCUACACCGAGCUUUUCUGGAUAUGGACGACAGAUGUCCUGGACUUAUUCGAAGUACAUAGAAGCUCUUCAGCAGGAAAGAGUUCUUCUGAAGAUUCAAGAUGAUCUAGAUAAAAAAUCAAUAGCAUCAUCAGCUUAUACAGGUCUCUCAUCCUUUCUCACACUGAGGAGUGAUAACUCAAGGAUCUCCGAAAAACACAGUCGGCCAUCAGCUUUUACCUCAACUUUUGUAAAACAACAACAUCCAUAUCAGCCCAAAGACAAUGAAAUGAUACACUCUGUUAGUGAUAUUCAGCUGUCUGAAAUCAGAGAUACUGCCAAUCAGUGCAAGACAAGACUGAAGUAG